GUAACCAUACAGUUCAAUAUAUUUUAACUAGAACCGAUAAGAGGUAAAGUUUUAGUUCGAAGGAAAUAGAAUAAUGAAAGUGGCUAUCGUUGGAGGCGGAGUGGUCGGUUUAACAACGGCUUUGCAAUUGCAACGAGAAUUACGUAAUGCCCAAGUUACGGUUUUUGCUUCAGACUUUGAUCGCACCGUCAGCCAUGUUGCUGCCGGGAUAUUCAGAGUCGGCUCUUCGUACUCUGGACCAACUGAAAAGAUAACCAGGGAAUGGAUACAAGACUCGUACGAAUAUUACGAUGAUAUCCGUAAAACGCACGAAGCUUCGUUCGCUGGAGUAACAAGUAUCUCCGGUUACAUGUUUGCCAACUCCUCUCCGGAAACCGUUAAGAGUCACUGGAUCGAGAAUUUGGUGCCAGUAUACAGGAGAACUACGAACGAGGAGUUUCAAUUGGUUGGUGGUAACUGGAAAUAUGGAUCGUUCUUCACGACUCUCCUUACAGAUUGUAGACUGUACCUUCCAUGGGCACGCAGAAAAUUACAAGAAAACGGAGCAAAACUGGCGAUUAAAAAACUGGCUUCCUUUGCAGAAUUGGCUACAGACUGGAACGUGAUUAUAAAUUGUACAGGUUUUGGUGCACGAUCCCUGUGUAACGAUAGACGUCUUGUUCCUAUACGUGGCCAAGUAAUCAAAGUAGAGGCACCGUGGCUGAAAACAUUCUUUUACGGCGAGUUGGACACUUACAUUAUACCAGGAUUUAAUGGUACGGUCACCCUCGGUGGCUCGAGAAGUUUCGAUUCCGAAAAUAUGAAACUCUGCCCACACGAAUCGGCGGCAAUUCGCGAGAGAUGCGAGAAUUUCGUGCCAGCCCUAAAAAGGGCCACAGUUUUACGCGAGGAGGUCGGUCUGAGACCGCACAGGGAAAACAAUGUCAGAGUAGAGGCCGAGCACAUUACAAACGGAUCAUCCAAAGCCAUUCUGGUGCAUAAUUACGGGCACGGUGGAUACGGAGUAUGUACAGCCCCUGGAACUGCCAAGUACGCCGUGACAUUAGCAAGGGAAAUGCAUGGGUCCUCUGUUGCAAAAUUAUAAUCAAUGAACAAGUCCAAACUGCUUAAAAACUGUUCCAUUCAAGAUGUGUGUAUCAGGAGCUGUCCAAAUUCGCUGAUUGUUCACGCAGUUUGACAAUCCAAGUUGAGUAUCCGUAUAUCCUUACCAAUAAAGUAAUUAUACUCGGGG